UUGCCUCAGCCUCCCAAGUACUGGGAUUACAGGUUCACAGGUGCAGAAAUCAUACUCCUGCUUUCACAAAGCCUGGCCACCAGAGCACUAUGAAUGUUAAUGACCUCAAACUCAGGUUGUCCAAAGCUGGACAAGAACACCUGUUGCAGUUCUGGAAUGAACUGGAAGAAGCCCAACAGGUUGAACUUUACGUGGAGCUCCAGGCCAUGAACUUUGAGGAGCUGAAUUUCUUUUUCCAAAAGGCUAUUGAAGGAUUUAACCAGUCUUCUCACCAAGAGAAAGUAGAUGCACGAAUGAAACCUGUCCCUCGAGAGGUUUUGGGCAGUGCCACUAGGGACCAAGAUCAGCUCCAGGCCUGGGAAAGUGAAGGACUUUUCCAGAUUUCUCAGAACAAAGUAGCAGUUCUCCUUCUAGCUGGUGGGCAGGGGACAAGACUUGGAGUUGCAUACCCCAAGGGGAUGUAUGAUGUUGGUUUACCAUCUCAUAAGACACUUUUCCAAAUUCAAGCAGAGCGUAUCCUGAAGCUACAGCUGUUAGCUGAGAAAUACUAUGGCAACAAAUGCAUCAUUCCAUGGUAUAUAAUGACCAGUGGCAGAACAAUGGAAGCGACAAAGGAUUUCUUCACAAAGCACAAGUACUUUGGUUUAAAAAAAGAGAAUGUAAUCUUUUUUCAGCAGGGAAUGCUUCCUGCUAUGAGUUUUGAUGGGAAAAUUAUUUUGGAAGAGAAGAACAAAGUUUCUAUGGCCCCGGAUGGAAAUGGAGGUCUUUAUCGGGCUCUUGCAGCCCAGAAUAUUGUGGAGGAUAUGGAACAAAGAGGCAUUUGGUGCAUUCAUGUCUAUUGUGUGGAUAAUAUAUUGGUAAAAGUGGCAGACCCACGAUUUAUUGGAUUUUGCAUCCAGAAAGGAGCAGACUGUGGGGCAAAGGUGGUAGAGAAGACGAACCCUACUGAACCAGUUGGAGUGGUUUGCAGAGUGGACGGCGUGUACCAGGUGGUAGAAUACAGUGAAAUUUCCCUGGCAACAGCUCAAAAACGAAGCUCAGAUGGACGACUGUUGUUUAACGCGGGCAACAUUGCUAAUCAUUUCUUCACUGUACCAUUUCUGAGAGAUGUUGUCAAUGUUUAUGAACCUCAGCUGCAGCACCAUGUGGCUCAAAAGAAGAUUCCAUAUGUGGAUUCCCAGGGGGAAUUAAUUAAGCCAGAAAAGCCAAAUGGAAUAAAGAUGGAAAAGUUUGUCUUUGACAUCUUCCAGUUUGCAAAGAAGUUUGUGGUGUAUGAAGUAUUACGGGAAGAUGAAUUUUCCCCGCUAAAGAAUGCAGACAGUCAGAAUGGGAAGGACAACCCUACAACUGCAAGGCAUGCUCUGAUGUCCCUUCAUCAUUGCUGGGUCCUCAAUGCUGGGGGCCACUUUAUAGAUGAAAAUGGUUCUCGCCUUCCAGCAAUUCCCCGCAAUGCUACAAAUGGAAAAUCAGAGACCACCACAGCAGAUGUCAAUCACAACUUGAAGGAUGCCAAUGAUGUACCAAUCCAGUGUGAGAUUUCUCCUCUUAUUUCCUAUGCUGGAGAAGGACUAGAAAGUUAUGUGGCAGACAAAGAAUUCCAUGCACCUCUAAUCAUCGAUGAGAAUGGAGUCCAUGAGCUGGUGAAAAAUGGAAUAUGAGGCAAAUGCCAAGUUCUGCUACAAGAAGGGAUAGCUUUUUGUCUUUAAAAGACCAACUGUGAACCUACAGGACCUGUCCUGGAAGACUGAAGUUUGAACAUUCACAGGGUUUCAUGUUGCUUGUUGAAUUUUUACAACUACUACAAACCUCCCAGAUGAAUGAACUUCAUAUAGCAUUUUUAUGAUUCUCGAUUAAUUGAAGGUCUUUAUUUAUAUUUUUCAAUUGUCUGAUUUAUUUCCAAGUCAAGGAAAACAUUGGCCAUCUAGGAAAUUUCUUAGCUUAAGUAUAGUCAGGAUGUUCAACAUCACUUUACUUGAAGGUGGAAGCUUUUCUUUUUGAAAUUGUACAUAAUAAUAAUAUGUCAUUGUACAUGUCAGAAGGUUUCUAAGAUACUAAAAAUUUGUUUUAUUUUAUCAAGCAUUAAACUUUUUUUAAGAAAAAAUUGGAUAGUAAAAUAAACUUACCUUCUUGUCUGGAGUGUUAUUUGCACCUUGAAGAAAUUAUUCCAUUGGGAAAAUGUGAAACUUGGGAAAAACUUUUGAGAUAAGGUAUAAAAACAAACUAAUGCUUUUGUGCGGUUGCAGAGUCAUAGAGCUUUUUUUGUUGUUGUUGAACAUUCAGCUUUGGGCCUUUUCCUUCUUUCACUCAGAUCUCGGCUAAAGAUGAUUUCUCUAAGGGCACAUGGCAGUGUCUGGAGACAUUUUUAGGUGUCACAGCUGGGAGGGAAGGAUGGUAGUACUGGCAUCUAUCUAAUGAGACCAGGGUUGUUGCUAAAAUCCUACAGUGCAGAGGAUAACCUCCUACAGUAAAGAAUUAUUGGAUCCAAGAUGUCAAGUGUCAAAGUUGAGGACCUCUGUUUUAAAUAAUUCAUUUACUCAAUUUUGUCCAAGUAUUUUCUACCACUUAAGAAUUCAAAAGAAUGUAAUUUCUGGAUUUCCUCAGCAAAUUAACCACUACUAUUUCUGUUUUCUCCAGCUGGAGGAUUAAAAAGGCAAAAGUCAUCUUUAAAUAAGGGUGAGAGAUCACUGCUCAUUUGUAAGGGUUCUCUGUGUCAGAAUGCUGUUGAAAUGAAAAUAUUGAGCUUUAUCAAUAUGUUUUUAGCGGGGAAUGGUGGCACACACCUGUAAUCUCAGUACUCUGGAUCCUGCAUACUCUGGGAGGGGAUCAUAGGUUUGAACCCAGCAUGGGUAACAGCAACUUCGUGAGACCCUCACACAAAAUUUUAAAUAAAGAGGGGGUCUGGGGAUAUAGCUUGGUGUGGUGGCCUUGAUUCAAUCCCCAGUAAUGCAAAAAAGAAAAAUGCAUUUCUUAUAACAUUUAUACAUUGAAUAAAAGCAUACACAAAAAAUCUAGAGAUUAGUAAAUUAUUUUCUACUAACAAGUCACAAGAGGAGGUAUGCAUGAGUCUUUGUUUAAGGAACACUUUUAAAAAAAAAAAAAACCAUAUGAUACUGAGAUCUUGUUUUUUUAAAAAACUAAAGCCUAAAUAGUGUAGCUAGUGUGUUUUCUGAUUUGUUUGAAUAAUAGCCCAAGUUUGCUUUUCAU